CCCAGAUCGACGUUCGCCGUGCAUCUUCUGACCCGCUCAUCUUAGGAGGCCGUGUCUGAGGUCUUCGUCAGGAUCAGAGAUACCGGAGUAGAACAAGUCCAGGCCUUGUACGAAUUUUUCGGUGUGCUGCCUAUUCAAGGACUCGUUGACCUUGCUUUCUCCGCUUGAGAAGGCAUCUCCCCGCUCCGGAUAUCCUAUCGACCAAGAUGCCUCGCAAGGCGAUUGAUUCCCGGAUUCCGGCACUCAUCCGGAAUGGGGUGCAGGAGAAGAAGAGAAGCUUCUUCGUGGUGGUCGGAGACCGUGCGAAGGAAGCGAUUGUGAACCUGCACUAUAUCCUGUCUAGUGCCGACGUCAAACAGAAUAAAUCCGUACUGUGGGCAUAUAAGAAGGAUCUAUUGGGUUUCACAAGUCACCGCAAGAAGCGGGAAGCAAAGAUCAAGAAAGAAGUCAAGAGAGGAAUUCGAGAGCCCAACAGCGAGGAUCCCUUCGAGCUUUUCGUCACUCUCAACCAGAUUCGAUAUGUAUACUACAAGGAGACGGAAAAGAUUCUGGGUAACACAUACGGUAUGUGUAUUCUGCAGGAUUUCGAAGCUAUCACUCCCAACCUUCUCGCGCGUACGAUCGAAACCGUGGAAGGAGGCGGUAUUGUCUUGUUGCUUCUCAAGGGCAUGAAGAGUUUGAAGCAGCUGUAUACCUUGUCGAUGGACAUCCAUUCCCGGUACCGGACGGAAGCCCAUGAUGAUGUGGUUGCAAGAUUCAAUGAGCGCUUCAUCUUGUCCCUCGGGAGCUGUGACUCGUGUUUGGUGGUUGAUGAUGAACUCAACGUGCUCCCUAUAUCUGGAGGAAAGAACGUCAAGCCGCUGCCACCACCAGACGCAACGACAGAAGGAAAAUCGGCGACACAGAAGGAACUGCAGGAGAUCAAGGAGAGCUUAGCAGACUCGCAGCCUGUGGGGUCACUGGUCACUCUGGCCAAGACGGUCGACCAGGCAAAGGCCCUCCUCACAUUCGUUGAUGCUAUUGCAGAGAAGACUCUGCGGAGCACAGUGACCCUCACUGCGGGAAGAGGACGUGGUAAAUCAGCGGCCCUUGGUGUCGCUAUUGCAGCGGCCGUCGCACACGGAUACAGCAACAUUUUCAUCACCUCUCCAAGUCCUGAAAACUUGAAGACGCUCUUCGAGUUUGUCUUCAAAGGGUUUGAUGCCCUUGGUUACCUUGACCAUGUCGAUUACACCAUUCUGCAGUCGACGAACCCUGACUUUAACAAAGCAGUCGUGCGAGUCAAUAUCCAUCGUCAGCACCGUCAGACCAUUCAGUAUAUCCGGCCCCAAGAUGCUUACGCUCUGGGACAAGCGGAACUGCUCGUCAUCGAUGAAGCUGCCGCAAUUCCCUUGCCUCUGGUGCGGAAGCUCAUGGGCCCGUACCUGGUCUUCAUGGCGUCGACCAUCAACGGUUAUGAAGGAACAGGCAGAUCUCUUUCCCUCAAAUUGAUACAACAGCUUCGUGAACAGUCAAGGGGCGGCUUGAAGACGGGCCCGGAGGACACGGACAUCGCUGAUCGGGCCACUGGGAAAGCCGCAAAGAACACAGAUAAGAACCUGGGUGGUCGAUCCCUCAGAGAAAUCACCCUCUCUGAGCCCAUCAGAUACGCACCGGGUGACUCUGUCGAGAAAUGGCUCAACAAGGUUCUCUGUCUGGAUGCUACUCUGCCAAAGUCGAAGAUGAACACUCAGGGAUGCCCCCAUCCUUCGCAAUGCCAGCUCCUCCAGGUCAACCGCGAUACCCUCUUCUCGUAUCACCCUGUUUCGGAGAAGUUCCUGCAACAGAUGAUGGCUCUUUAUGUCGCCAGUCACUACAAGAACUCGCCCAAUGAUCUCCAGCUAAUGAGCGAUGCACCCGCCCACCAGCUCUUUGUUCUUGUUCCCCCCAUCGACGAGGAGGCUACUAAGCUCCCGGAGCCGCUCUGUGUUAUCCAGGUGGCACUGGAAGGUCGUAUUAGCAGACAGAGUGUUCUUAACAGUCUCAGCCGUGGCCAGCGGGCUGGUGGUGAUUUGAUCCCCUGGCUUGUGAGCCAGCAGUUCCAGGACGAGGAUUUCGCCUCUCUUUCUGGUGCUAGAGUCGUCCGCAUUGCGACCAACCCAGAGUACUUAAACAUGGGCUACGGCUCCCGCGCUUUGGAACUGCUCACCGACUUCUACGAAGGCAAGUUCACCAGCCUGUCUGAGGACGUUGAGUACCCGUCGGAGGAGCUUGUUAGAGUCACGGACGAAGAGCUGGAGAACGCCAACCUCCUGGAUGACAACAUCCACGUUCGGGAUAUCCGCUCGAUGCCGCCUCUCUUCGGAAAGCUCUCUGAGCGACGCCCGGAUAAUCUCGAUUACGUCGGUGUCAGUUAUGGUCUGACUCCUGCCCUCCACAAGUUCUGGAAACGUGCCUCUUUUGCUCCUGUCUAUCUCCGACAGACCCCUAAUGAGCUGACUGGCGAGCACUCGUGCGUCAUGCUGCGGACACUCUCUACUGGUUCGAAUGAUACUAGCUGGCUUGGAGCUUUCGCGAAGGACUUCCACAAGCGCUUCGUCUCCCUUCUGUCUUACCAAUUCCGAACAUUCCCUUCAGUCACCUCUCUAAGCAUCUGCGAGUCUGCCAAUGCGGGCGCCAAAGCCGACCCGUCCUUGCAGGCGUCGCCAUUGACCAAGGCAGAAUUGGAUAGUCACUUCUCUCCCUUUGAUCUUAAGCGUCUCGACAGCUACGCAAACAAUCUGCUUGAUUACCAUGUCAUCCUCGAUAUGGUCCCUACCAUUGCGGAAUUUUACUUUUCUGGCCGACUAGGCGGCAAGGUUAAUCUGUCCGGUGUUCAGCAGUCGAUCCUGCUUGCGAUCGGUCUGCAACGCAAGAACAUCGAUGACAUCGAGAAAGAGCUCAGCUUGCCUUCCUCUCAGAUUUUGGCCAUGUUCGUCAAGAUCAUCCGCAAAGUCUCGAUGCAUUUCCGUUCCCUAGUCGAAGGUGCUGUGGCAGAGACGCUCCCAGCGGAGAACGUCGCUGGUGAGCGCGACGCCAACGGCGCGCACGAUGAUGAAGUUGUCGAUGACCGAUUUCGCCCACUUGACAUGGACUUGAAUGAAGAACUCCGGGAGGGUGGCCAGGAAGUAGACAAGGAACUGAAAGAAAAGCAGAGGGCGCUCAUCGAUGCCCUGCCGCUUGACCAGUAAGUCGCCCCCAGAUUCCAAACAGGAGGCCUUCUCCUUUGCAGACAGUAGCACUCUAUCCGGAAUUACAAAACAGUAACUGAUUCACAGCCUCCAGAUACGAGAUCGAUAACGGUGCCGCUGCCUGGGAGAAUGCUGAGAAGCAGAUCCGCGCCGGAGGCGCCUCGACCGUGAGCAUCAAGUCGUCCAAGACUCAAAAGCGCAAGGCGGGUGAAACCGCACGCGAGAUCUAUGACCAGGAAAUCGAGUCUAAGAAGCAGAAGAAGAUCAGGAAGGGAACUGAGGGCAAGAAGAGAUCGUGAUCUUCUUUCACGAACCCUUUACUUGUCGGAUUGUUCCUAUAAGAAGCCCUUUUUUGGCUGGAGUUUCUUUGCAUUAGAGAAUGGUGUUAAUUGGUAUCAGGGGCACUAUUUGUGAUGAUUCUACAAUGGCUUCUCAUCUGGUUUUAACUAAAUACUUAGUAUGUAUAUAGACCUUUUUU